AUGAACGAGCGGUUUGUAAUCGAAGUCAAUGAAACCUUGGCAACAGAUGAACGGAGUCAAAUAGAGGAUCAAGAAUCAGAAGACCUUCUGGAAGGUUUGAGACUAAUAGAACUUUCUGAAGGGGAAAACACGACUGCGAAAGCCGACGAGUUACAAAAUGGGACUGUUGGACAAAUGAGUCAGUGGGAAAGCAGUAAUGAAACUUCAGUUGAUUACGAAUUUCAAAAUUCGACAGUAACAGAUGAGUGCCAUACAUUCAGAGAAUGUACGGCUGGGUGUAUCUGUACAAGUAUGGGGAAAUGCGUUUGCUUGAGUAAACCUUCUACAACGUCUGAAAUAAAUAAAGAACAGGUCAGAAAAACACAGUAUGAAGCAGCUUUCGGCCACGGCAGAGUUCGACUGCUCCGACCUUCCCAGUACAACGGAAAAAGUCACUUGAGACUGGCCGAGUUACAGAAGCUUUCAAGACCUACGAUAUUUCCUGGCACUUCUUUGACGCGAGCUAUGAAAUGUCACUGUAAGAAACAUUUUUCGUUUUUGUUUAAAAAGUAUAUAUGUAUAUGCAUUACCGGUUGUCCUGGUUCUUUGUUUGAGUAUGAAAGCACUAUAUUUCAAACAGCACCAUACGGUUUACUGACAUUCCAGUCUAAGAUGGUUACUCUAAUUCACUUGGUACUGAUAAUCUUCAUAGCUUCUUCAGCGUUCUCGGCUCCUACUGCAGAUCAAGCUUUGUUCAAAAAAGUUACAAAAAAUACGGAAAAGGUGAAGAAGAAUCAACCAAAACUGGCUGAUACAUAUGGCGAAACAUUAUCUGACGAAUCGUUUGAAGACAUUGAUCCACUAAUGCCGAGAAAAAGAGUACCACGACGGAUGUAA